GAAAGAAAAAGGCAUGUGGCGGUGUGAUCAGUAUUUUUUGCAAAACUAAAUAAAUUAUAAUAUAGAUAUUUAUUAUUUUAGAAAAAUAAAAUCAACUUUAUAUUAGCACACUAAAUUUUACUUUAAAUUACCACAUCUAUAAUUGACCUAUAAAUCUUUGAAGUAUCGUGUAUAUAUUCUCAUCUGACUUCGAAUCAGUAUCAUAUUUAUCAACAUGAAUAAUAUAUUUAAACAAAAAAUGUUAUCAUCUAAAUUGGAAUCAUCAUCAUGUUUAUCUAACAAUAAUAUCUGUGUUUGAUCCUCCAGCCAAAGUCUGUUACGAUUUUUACAUCGUGUUUUCUUUAACCUGAGAAUUUUACGCGGGUGAAUAACAAUCCGGUUUAAAGAUAUAAACGAACCCGGUUAAUUGUAACAUCUCGAACUCAGUAGUCCGACCAAACAGAGAAGCAGAAAUAAAACCUUAAGCAUCGUUGAUUUGUUGUGAAUUGAAGUAAAACUAUGAAGAGAUAUUUAUAACAAUAAGAGUUUAGGAAUCUUUUCAGAAUUUUUCGUAUCUAACUGUCAAUACUAUUGAGAUUUUUUUUCAACUUAUUAUAUUUUGUUAAUUAUUGUGUAGCUAUCUAAAAAAUAUUGGAAAAAAUAGGCAUACAAUGGUAUAACCAGUUUUUUUUUUCAACUUUCUUUCAUUAAAAUAAAAGAUCUUAUGGGCUGUGUUAACCUAACAUUUGUAACAUUUGUUCCUAACCCAUUUGUUCCUAUAAUUGAUAAGAAAUAAUUGGUUAUCAAUAGAGAAAUCAUGGGGAAGAUAUUUAUAGUAAAAAAGCAUUUGAAAAUCUUUUAAGAAUUAUUCAUAGCUAACAAAGUUAACAUUGUCUAACAAUCUUCCCGGUAAAAAUCAACAAUCCACUUGGCAUGAAGAUCAAAUAUAUUUUGGUUGAAGUAUAUUCAAAAUUCACAUUAAGAUUUAGAUUUUAGCAAAAGAAAAAAACAAUGUUGACUUAGUUUAUUUUAUCAACCAAUGUGGAGUUAUCUAAAUAUAUUUUCUACCGAAAAAUCUUAGGAGAAAUAUAAAGGUAUGUGAGUAUUGAUCGCAAAACUAAAUAACAUAUAAUAUAUUUUUUUUUUGUUAAUUUCUUAAAAAUAAAAUCAACUAUAUACUAAACUUUAUCAUAAAAAUCUAUUAAAAGAAAUUAAAAUUUGUUUUUCUGACCAAGAAACACACAAGAAGAAAAAUAACGUUUCAUUUACUUUAUUAAAAAGUAAAUGACAAUCAUACUAUUAUUCUAUAGAUAUGACUAAAUAACUGAAUAAAUAAAAAUAUUUUCGAGAAAAAUUUUAUUCUGAUUUUAAAAAUUAUUUUUAUAAACUCUAAAUCUAAAUUAGUUAAAUCUACGUGUAUAAAUGUAUUUAAUUCUUUAGUAAAAUUCAUUUUGAUCAUUUUGAUUAUUGUAAGCUAUUUUUAUUAUCUACAUGAAUGAUAUAAUUUGAAUCAUUUUCAUCGUGUAUAUGUGAAUAUGUAAUUUUAACUAGACUACUAUUUGAUCCUCUAGAGAAGUUGUUGUGGAUUUUACCGGGAAUAUUGGUUGAGUUGGUUUAUUAACCGUGAAAUUUUAAUUUUACGCCGGUGAAUAAAAAUCCGGCUUGCUUAUAACCGAACCGAACCGAGCCGAACCGUUUAAUUCUAACCGUUGCCUUAAGAGUCGCAAAAUAAUAAUUUCCUUCUUCUUGUGUUAAACGAAGAACUGAAUGGAAGAGAAGAACACGAAGGCGAAGAAGAAACCAUCAAAGAAAAACGAAUUCGAGUUCUGCAAAGUGUGCCGAUUCCAUCACGAUCAUGGACCUCGACACAAGUACUUCCCUCGCCACAAAGAGCUCCUCUCUGCUUUCCUCAAUCGAUUCCGAUCCAAAAUAGCCGACGUCAGAUUCUUCCUCAAAAACCCUAGCUUUCUACGGCCACAAGAGGAGUCUCAAAACCGUGUCUGGUGUGUCUUCUGCGAUGAGGACAUCGUCGAGCUCGGCAGCUCCUUUGCAUGUUCAAAGGCAAUCAAUCACUUUGCAAGCUCGGAACAUCAUAAGAACAUCAAGCAGUUUCUGUGGAAACAUGGCCCGUCCAUGGAUUGUGUUGACGAUUUCAAAAUUUCAGAUGCUGAUGUAGCAAAGUGGGUGAGAAAAUGCACGGCGUUGGGAAACAAAGAUGCAUCUUCUUGCACAGGACAGCUUUCCAGGACAUCUAGUGAUAUCCACAAUAAAUUUGAGUUUGAAAGAACUGAAAAAGUUCAAACACACUUUAUUAAUCCAAAUAAUUUAAAUGAUGUUAAGCCUUUACUGUAUAAUACGAAUGAGUAUCAGAUAUCACAUUCAGGAGUUACACAUUAUGGUUCACAUCUGAACGUGGAUGCUUCCCAACUCGCUCCAGGUGUGAUUGGAAUGACUAGCAAUUCUUCCUCACACUCCGGCGAUUCUAGCGGCAACGUUCACUCUGGAGCUCCUCCUCCUUGGCUUACUCCAAACGAUGGGAAUAUCUUCAACCAAUCAGAAAUUACAAGAGUUCAGGAAAAGAUACCUGUAAAGACUACUAGUAAGCUGAACCCUCAUAGAGUUGGCGCUGCGUGGGCUGAAAGGAGAAAGAUUGAGAUGGAGAUGGAGAAGAGAGGAGAAGCAGUGAAUAGCAACACUGACGCAGACUGGCUUCCUAACUUUGGUCGAGUUUGGCAAUCAGGCACUCGUAAAGAUUCUAGAAAAGAAUUUGAGAAGGAAAAACGGAAGUUAGUUGUCACAGCUGAAAGCAUCUCUAUGGAAUCAGAAGAACAGAAGUUAGUCAAAACUGAAAGCAUCUCAGUGGAAUCAGAAGAACCAGUCCAAAUACAACCAUACGUUAGCAAACGAGCGCGAGCAAUGAAGAGUGGUGAGUGAUGGUUGUGGCGGCUGACAUUCAAAAUGGAAACAAGUACGGAUCAUUCAUGUUGAAAUUUUAUAACCCUCUUUUCUUGUCGAGCUCUGAAAGAAUUUUAGAGGCAUGUGAUCAUGGAUACUCCUUUGAAGUAGUGUAAGAAAAUGGAUACAUUUUUUUUGUUUUUGUACUGGAAUCUUAUGCAGUAAUAAUAAUAUUAUCGUAGAGAAA